AUGCUUCUCAAGGAGGCCAGGUCCAAGUCACCACCAAAAGAUCUAGAAGAGCGGGUGCGAAAUGGACUCGCUCUGGCUGCCUCACCUGCAAGAGACGACGAAAACGAUGCGAUGAAACGAAACCCAGACUUCUCUGGUUAUCCUCCUUCAUGUGUUCCGUCUUCGUCGUCAUUGAAUGCGGAUGGCAAGGAGGAUCGCCCCUUUGAUGCUAAAACCAGGAAUUUGAGUCGGACGACCAACGAUGGAUCGGAUGCUGCACGUAUCGAUCAUCUGGAAGUGGUUCCUCUGAAGCCUAGUAGCAACAUCACUCACCUGUCCCAUCUCGAAGCACACUAUCUCCAAUACCACAUGGUACAAGGCUCGAAACUUAUGGUGAAUUUGGAGAGUGAUGAAAACCCGUUACGGUCUUUGCUUAUCCCUCGUGCCUGUUCUUCUCCCCUUGUGAUGAAUGCCCUGUGUGCUGUCUCGGCGGUCCACCUCGCAAACCGUACUCACAAUAGCUUAGAUGCCCAAACCGCUGCAACCAAUUACUAUAUCCAAACCAUGAGCGGGCUGCGCUCAAUACUAUCUGCAGCUUCCGGCAGAGGCUACCCCGAAGAGACCAUCCUCGCUGUAGCCUUGCUCUGCAAAUACGAAAUUGUGCGUGGAAGCGUGAAGCAGUGGGAAAUGCAUCUGGACGCCUUGGAGAGGCUGGUAAUCUCCCGUGGCGGGUUUGCCUCGUUCGACGAAGACAUGACCGAGUUUCUCUGGGGACUUUUCUUGUAUGCGCAUAACAUGGCCAAAAUCACCAGUCGCCGGCAGUUUACCGCUAUCUCUGCUGCCGAAACCGUCAAUAUCUCCAAGCUCGACACCUACGUCGGGUAUACUGAAGAGCUUAUUAAGACGUGUGCCAGGAUUGCAGACCUACCUCUUCUAAGCUGUGACCCAGUUGCACUGGGUUUGGAGAUUCACGCCAUAGAUAUGUCUCUGCGUGAUUGGACCCCUACGGUAACAAAAUACGCCGCACCAAAGGGGAUAACAGAGUCUACUCUGCUUCGUCUCCGCUUAGUGGCAGAGUGUUUCCGUGACGCUGCGUACAUUUUUCUGCACACCACUCUGGACAAGAUGAGUCGAAAGUUCACUUCGCAGAACCUGGCCUCACUCUGGCCAUCCUUGAUUACCCUGUCGAAGGGGGAUGCCCUGGAAUGCUUACUGGAGCGGAUUAAAUCCGUCUCGCUUGACCAACACUGUGAAUACUCUGCUCUCACCUUUCCUCUCUUCAUCACGGGCUGUGAGACUGGUAGUCCUGCUUCCAGGGAUCUCGUCAUCAGAUCACUGUCCAAACUGGAAGUGAACUUCGGGAUUGGGAAUGUUAAACGAGCCAAAGAAUUGUUACAUAUUCUCUGGGAGGGGGAGGAGACGCAUUGGCUGGAUGUAUUGGAGCGAUUAAACUGGGGUUUGAUACUAGCCUAA